AUGGACGCGUCCAAUAUCAACGAUAUCACACAAGACGCCCGUCUCUGCGUGCGCACGGGACUGUACUCCCAGGCCGAAAUCCUCCAACAGCUCAUCGACAUCUACGAACUUCCGGAGCACGGCACAACCGUGGUCCAGCAACUGAUUCAAUCACUCUGGAACCAGCAACUGGAAGAAGAGGCAACAUGGCCCGAUCGACCGACCGACGUCGAAAAGCUCCAAACCGCUUUCUCCCGUCUAGAAGACGAGGACCGCAUCAUCUGUCGCAUGAAUUUCACCUGCUGUCAGACCUGCGGGAAUGCCGAGAUUGGCGGGGAAGCAAAUGAGACACACAUCGGGUACUGCUUCUUCCAUCAGCAGGAUACAGAGGGAGCAGUCAUGGACGGGGGGCUAUCGCUGCGAUACGGAGAUCUCGAAGAGGAUAGUAAAGACGAGAGCGUGGUGGAUAUCGGCCAGAAAAUCGCUGCAAGGCUACGAGAGGAAGGGCUUAACGUGGACUGGAAUGAGGACCCGAAGAAGACAAUCGAGCUUGAUCCGUUUCAGUGGCGCGUCCGCCUUGCGAUUCAUGAAGGAUUGUGGUUCGAGCCUGGCCAUAGAAAGGUCGAGGCACUCGACGACUAA